CUCCAUCACUCCUCAGGAACUGAUUGUUACCCGUCUGACAUCACAACCUUUGAUUAGCCGCCAUCAUGUCUGACAUCCAGAAGGCCAUGGCCCUCCUCAUCACCGCAUUCACAAAAUACGCAAGCAAGGAGGGAGACCAGGACACUCUGAAUAAGGAGGAGCUGAAAGAGCUUCUGCAGACUGAAUUUGGAGAUCUGCUGUGUAAAGCCAACGACAAGGCGGCAAUCGACCGCAUCUUCAAGGACCUAGAUACAAACAAGAGCAACAGCGUGGACUUCAGUGAGUUUGUCAACCUGGUGUGCUGCGUCACUCAGAUGUGUCAUGAAUACUUCAUUAGUAAAAAAUAAAAGCAUCCCAGCGCCACCCUGAGGCCAACUGUAAGAGCUACCUUUCUGUCAAAGAAGACUGAAUUCCCAGAAAUUAUCUUGUCKUGCAAAAUUAAAUAAACGUUUCCCUUUUUAAACACUAUAA